AUGGAGUGCCACGGGAUGCGCGGCGUCGAAUUGGUUCUCCGACGUCAUAAAGCGGAGAAGUACUUUGCAGACCAAGAACUUGGAGAUUCUCUCGAUCCGGUUGAAUCACUCAUCAAAAAGUAUCAAGAGUUCGAGAAAUCCUUGGCUGCACAGGAAGAGAAAAUCAAUGCUUUGGAUGAGAUCGCUACAAAGCUGAUACAGGCGAGUUCUUAUAAUCGGUGUAACUUUGAUCAACACUAUGCUGCUGAGGAUCUGUCCAGAAGACGUCAUGCACUUCUAGAUCGUCAUCGUCGUCUUAUGGAUCGGGCUGCUGACCGUGCGCGCCAACUUCAUGAGAACUACAAGAAGCAAACAUUCGAUCGCGACUGCGACGAGAUGGAGAAUACAGCUGUGGAUGACUCAUAUCUGAAUUCAACUAACGCCCUUGGAAAAUUGCAGAAGCACACAAACUUCGAGCAAGAGCUCAAGGCAAAUCGCAAUCGUCUGGAUGAGAUCAACGACACUGGUGCACAAAUAAUAGAAAGCGGCCAUCUAGAAGCUGAUGAUGUCCGCCGCCGUCUGCAGGUUGUUGAUGGACUAUGGAACGAACUAGUCGACGCGACCAACAAGAAGGGAGCAAAACCUCGCGAAUCUGACGAUGAGCAGCAGUUCAAUCGUAACAUUGAGGAUGUGGAGCUGUGGCUGAGCGAGCUGGAAGGUCAAGUUGCCUCGGAGGAUUAUGGGAAAGAUCUUGUUUCCGUACAGAACUUGCAAAAGAAAAUUGCGCUGCUCGAAAGUGACUAUCUUGCUCAUCAAGACCGCGUCGAUGAAAUUCUUAGAUUGGCCAAGAAGUUUGCUGAAGAGGAGCACUUUAACGCUCAUGUCAUUCUUCGUAAACAGGAAGCUUUGCAAACAAGAUUCAUGAACUUGCGCGAUCCUCUUGAGAAACGCAAGAACAAGCUGGGUGAAUCUCUCCAAGGUAAUCAACUCUUCAGAGACAUCGAGGAUGAACUGGCGUGGAUAAGAGAGAAAGAGCAGGUGGCCGGCUCCACUAAUCGAGGUCGUGACCUUAUUGGUGUCCAGAAUCUCAUUAAGAAACAGCAAGCACUGAUUGCUGAGAUCGCGAAUCAUGAGAGCCAAAUUGAUGCGGUUUGCAAAGCAGCCGAGGAUAUGAUCCAGCAGGGUCAUUUCCUUGCUCCGGAAAUUCGCGACAAGCUCGCUCAGCUCCGUGACAACUGGAGAAUCCUUAAGACGAAGGCUGAGAAACGCCGUCUUGAAUUGGAUGAUUCACUCCAAGCUCACCAAUAUCUUGCUGAUGCUAAUGAAGCUGAGUUGUGGAUGGUCGAAAAGGAGCCGGUUUUUGGUUCAGCCGACUAUGGAAAAGACGAAGAUUCAGCUGAAGCUCUUCUGAAGAAGCAUCGUGCUCUUAUGUCCGACCUUGAUGCUUUUAAAGGAACCAUUGAUGACCUGAGAAAGCAAGCUGCCCAGUGCAAAUACCAGGAGCAGCCUGUUGGACAGCUUGGUCGUGAUUGUGUUCUGGCCCUCUAUGAUUACCAAGAAAAAUCACCAAGGGAAGUAUCGAUGAAGAAGGGUGACGUGUUGACCCUGCUGUCGAAUAAGGAUUGGUGGGAGGUCGAAGUGAAUGGCCACCAAGGUUUUGUACCGGCUGCUUAUGUGAAGCGUAUUGAACCUGGAACUCCUCAUCAGCAUAGUCAGCAACAGGUGAACUCUAUCGGAGGGAAACAGAAUGAAAUUGAGGAUAAGUAUCAGAAGCUAAUGAUGCUAAGUGAAACUCGCAAGAAGAAACUUGAGGAAGCCUGCAAAGGAUACCAACUUCUCAGAGAAGCCAAUGAUCUGGCUGCAUGGAUCAAGAGCAGGGAGGUUGUUGCGGCUCAACAAGAGAUCGGUACCGAUCCUGAGCAGGUGGAGGUGUUGCAGAAGAAACUCGACGACUUUAAAGAUAACCUCAAGGAAAAUGAGGUUCGUCUCCAGGAAAUUAAUCAUAUUGCUACUGCCCUCAUGUCCGUUGGACCGACAGAGACUGCCGCACGCAUUCGCCAGCAAGUCGAAGAUCUCAAUGCUAGAUGGCGCGCACUCGAAGAGCAAACGGAGCAGCGUGAGCAGCAACUCGGCUCUGCUCACGAAGUACAGAGGUUCCACCGUGAUGUAGAUGAGACCAGAGGCUGGAUUCAAGAGAAGGACCAUGCGCUGGACUCGGACGAUUUCGGGCGCGACCUCCGCUCUGUGCAAGCUCUCCAACGCAAGCAUGAAGUUGUUGAAGAGGACCUAGCUGUACUGAGCGGCAGAAUCAAGAGUCUUGAUGAGAAGGCAAAUCGUCUUCGCCAAAGUCAUCCUGAAGCCGCUGAGCAAAUCUAUGAUCUGCAACGUGAGCUCAAUGAGCAAUGGAACAGGCUUACAGCCAAGGCAAACAACCGCGAAGAGAAGCUUAUUGACUCGCACGACUAUCAGUGUUUCCUGUCUGUUUAUCGCAAUCUCUUGCAAUGGAUCUCGGUCAUGAAUCGGCUAGUAAGCAACCAAGAGCUUGCAAACGAUGAUAACGACGUUAAUGGUACUGAAGCGUUAGUGAAAAGACAACAGGAAUAUCGUACUGAGAUCGACUCGCGCGCCGCAACCUUCCACGCUUUUGAGCAGUUCGGAAACCAACUUUUGAACAAUAAUCAUUAUGCAAGUAAAGACAUUGCUAAGCGCUUGAGCGAUGUGAAUGCUGCCCGCCAAGGACUUGAGGAUGUUUGGGUCGCGCGUCGCAAUGUUCUUGAUCGGUGUUCAGAGCCACAGUUGUCCUACAGAGAUUAUGAACAGCAAAGCGUAGAUGAGGAAUCUGUCGGCCAUCAAUCUCCACUCCCAUGUAGUCUCAUUCCAGCUUUCGUAUUGCGUUCCCAAGAGUGGCCAUGGAUAUCUCAAAAUGGAGAAAUUCUGCCAGUGAAGUUACUAGACAGCUCUCUUUCAAAGUACCUCUAUAUACUAAGCAGAGACACAUUGUUGUCCAAGGCCUCCAUGACCGCUUCCUUCCCAAAUGAGGAAACAACACCUCUAGUAGCAGAAUACUAUCCCAAUGGAAACAUCAAAAUAGUUCUCCACAAUUGUGGAACAUUAAAGACUGUAUUUUUUCCGGACGGAAGAAUAAAGGAAGAAUACGACAGGAACGGGACAUUGAAAGUAAAGUACAACGAAGACGAUGAGCCCAAAGAGGAAGAAGGUCAAAAUCACACUGGGCAGGAAAAUAGAAUUCUCUAUACAAUUGAAGAACUAUCGGAGGAUAGUACGAACAACAAUAUCUAA